UGGAUUCCACGAGUGUGCGUAAAAUCAGGUUUGACAUUUCGAAAACGUCAGCGGCGCGGGGCGAUUAUAAUCGAUUGUUUCGAGAAUACUCCGACACUCGAUUCUCCGAUAUGCCGCUAAGCGCUAAGCUAAGCUUGUAGCACAUAGUUGACACAUAGGCAGCCGCUUACUGAUGGUGUUUCAAACGCUCGUCGCUUAGCCGUCGUUUUCGCGAGAUCACAGAAUGCUGACCCGCUGUGAUAUUUUUCAUUUCAAAGUACUUAUACUUUAUGCUUGUCUCCUGAUACAUUUGCCAAAUAAUAUAGCAGAAGAAGUAAUAGAAGGAGCAGUUCCACUCACUCAUAAGAAUAUUGAUAUAACAUUAGCUGAGAAUGAACUUGUAUUUAUAAAUUUCUAUGCACAAUGGUGUCGCUUCAGCAACUUACUAGCUCCAAUUUUUGAUAAAGCUGCAGAUAAAAUUAGGGAAGAAUUUCCAGAACCAGGGAGAGUAGUAAUGGCUAAAGUGGAUUGUGACCAAGAAACAUCUGUGGCAUCUAGGUUUCACAUAAGUAAAUAUCCAACAUUAAAAGUAAUAAGAAAUGGACAACCAACCAAGAGAGAGUACAGGGGUCAGCGAUCAACUGAAGCAUUCCAAGAAUUUAUCAGGAAGCAGCUAGAAGAUCCUAUUAGAGAAUUUUUUGAUUUAAAAGAACUUAAUGAACUUGAUGAUAAAAAACGUAUGAUUAUUGGAUAUUUUGACAGAAAAGAUACACCAGAAUAUGAAUUAUUCAGGAAAGUUGCCACUAAUUUGAAGGAUGAUUGCCAGUUCCAUGUUGGCUUUGGCACAUGCUCCAAUCAAAGUUGUGAAAUUGGACAGCACUUUCAUUUGCUGAAUGCAAGUAAGGCUCUGCAUCCUCCAGGAGAGCCAAUUAUUGUCUUCCGAUCCGAUAAAGCCCUAUCCAAUGAUGAAGAUGAAACUUAUAAAGGAAGUUUGCGCAUUUAUGAUGAAUUAAAUGUAUGGGCACAGGAAAAAUGUGUGCCGCUUGUAAGAGAAAUAACAUUCGAAAAUGCAGAAGAACUAACGGAAGAAGGGCUACCAUUCCUUAUACUGUUCCAUGCUCCCGAUGACGUAGAAAAUGUCAAGCUGUACAAAGAUAUUGUAACUAGAACAUUAAUAAGCGAAAAACAGAAUGUCAAUUUCUUAACCGCUGAUGGCCUGAAAUUUGCACAUCCGCUACAUCAUUUAGGAAAAAGCACAGCAGAUCUGCCACUGAUUGCAAUAGAUAGCUUUAGACACAUGUACCUGUUCAAAGAUUUCAAUGACAUUUUUGUAGAAGGAAAACUUAAAGCUUUUCUCGAUGACUUGUAUUCUGGCAAACUUCAUCGUGAAUUUCAUUAUGGUCCUGACACCAGUAAUGAUAUACCACAAAUUACUGGAAAACAAGUGAAAACGCCCACAACACCACCAGAGUCUGCAUUCAAGAAACUGGCACCAAGCAAAAAUAGAUAUACAAUAGUUAAGGAUGAACUAUAAUGAGAUCAAAGUGUAGUGUGGUGCAGUGAGAUUUUCGUAAUUUAUAUACAGUUACUAAUAAAUUGGAAAAAGUGAGUCGCGCAGCAAUUUUCUAACAUUCAACAUAGAUAUGUUUCGUAAUAUAUUUGUAACAUGUCUUCUAAAACAUCGAUGAAUCCGUUUUUUCUUCUUUGUGACUUAUCCUUUCCAUAUUUUUUUAUGGGAUGGAUUUCACGUUAUGAUUUACUCAAUUGUUAUUUAAUAAGACAACAUUAUUUGAAUUGUUUGUUAACUGUAUAUGUAAUUUUCAUUCUAAGAAGUAUGAAACAGCACAUAUAAAAAAAAUCCUCAUACAUUGGUGGAAUUUAUUAUUAGCAAAAAACAAAUGACAAAGAAUAAAAUAUUCUUUUUCUUUUAUGAUAAGAUA